AUGAACCAGCUGCACGUCUACGACCCUGAGCUUUUCCACCCCUCGCUUACACACUCGGUGCUUGCCACACUGGAUGGAGCCACCCUCAAGCUCUCCUACCCCAAGACCAACAUCCCACGCCGAGCUACUUUUGAGGAGGAAAUCCUCGACACCAUCUUCAUCAGCCACCGCUGCUACGACCUGACCAAUGCCAAGAUCUUCCUCUGCCCCCCCAGCCUGGCCCGAAAGCGGACAUGGAACAAGAAAUACCCCAUCUGUGUCCUCCUCCCCAACCCGGCAGAGGUGGAGUGCAGAAGCAGUGAGGAGCAGGAUGCAGAGCUGCAGAAGGAUGAAGGGACGAAGAAGGUGCCGGUGUUGGGGCAGGAUGUCCUGGGCGACUGCAGGGAGAGGUGCCUGUACCUCUUCGGGCGGACAGGGAGGGAGAAGGAGGAGUGGUACCAGCACCUCGUGCGAGCCUCCCGUGGGACCCCCAGCAGCAGCCGUGGUGAAGCCAGGGCAGGUGUGGGACCAGCUCUGCGGAGCAGCGGCAGCAGCAGUGGAGGGAGCACUGAGGACAUCCCCUCCGCUGUCCCGCUCAAGGACCUGGCAGGAAGCGUCCGACAGAAGGUUUUCCUGGAUUACAGCACCUACAUGGCCCGAUUCGUGCCAGCGCAGGUGGGGGGCAGCCUGGACCGGAGCCCAUCUCAUGGAGCACUGAGCAGCCCCACACCCACAAAGCUCAGUGAGGACACAGCUAGGCGCAGCGAGGCAUGCAUGGCCUGGAUGAACGCACUGAUGGGGCGCAUCUUCUGGGACUUCCUCCAGGAGCGAUACUGGGCUGAGCAAGUGUCCAGCAAGAUCCAGAAGAAGUUGAGCAAGAUCAAGCUCCCAUAUUUCAUGAAUGAGUUGACGCUGACAGAGCUGGACAUGGGCAUAUCCAUCCCCUCGGUCCUCAGCGCCUCCAACCCCACCGUCAAUGACCGAGGGCUCUGGGUGGACAUGGAGGUCACCUAUAGCGGCUCAUUGCAGAUGACACUCGAAACGAAGAUGAACCUCUGCAAGCUGGGGAAGGAGAGCUCUGCAGAGGAGAGUGGCCCAGCAGAGGCAGGCAGAGAGGGGUCCAGGCCACGGCUGAUCCUGCUGGCAGACAGUGAUGCAGAGUCGUCCAGCGCCGGCUCCUCCGAUGAGGAAGACGUCACUGCUGCAGAGCCCGUGGGAGCUCUGGGGGAGCGGGUCUCUGCACCCAGCGCCGAGGGCCACGUCUGCGGCAACAGCACGAGCCGGAAGAUCCUGCGCUUUGUGGAUAAGAUCGCCAAGUCCAAGUACUUCCAGAAGGCCACUGAAAAUGAGUUCAUCAAAAAGAAGAUCGAGGAGGUUUCCAACACGCCGCUGCUGCUGACGGUGGAGGUGCAGGAGCUGGCAGGCACCUUGGCCGUGAACAUCCCCCCGCCGCCAACGGACCGCGUCUGGUACAGCUUCCGAGUCCCACCCCAGCUGGAGCUGAAGGUGCGCCCAAAGCUGGGUGAGCGGGAGGUGACAUUCCUCCAUGUCACCGAGUGGAUCGAGAAGAAGCUGCAGCACGAAUUUCAGAAAAUUUUGGUGAUGCCAAACAUGGACGAUCUCAUCAUUCCCAUCAUGCGCUCCGGCCUGGAUCCUCAGCCACCCACUGGGGGACUGCCCAGGGACCUACCGGCCAGGGGAGGGAAGAGGCUCUGA